GCGCGAUUAUUAUUAUCAUCCUUUCCCUCUUUUACGUAUGGAAUAACAAUAUACAAUUCAUGACAACGCGGCGCUCGCUCAGUUGCGCGGCGAAUGCCGAACGUUUCGGACGGUGAAUGAGUGACGUAUUCCUAUCGACGCGUUAGUUACACAAAAUGGAAGCGGAACCGAGUUCCUCGACACAACCGGAAAGUGUUAUUAAUUUUGAAUUUCGAAAUAACGCGAGCAACAUCGAAUCGGCCCGAUUUCUCCAACGCAUAUUGAACAAAUCUAGAGAAGAGAAUAUGUUGGUUAAACCCUUGACUGACCCUAUGGAACGCACAUAUUUCUACACCGGCCUCGAUAAAAGAAUUAUGCCUGCCCUCAAAUACACGGAUACACAAAUCACACAAGUGAAGGACAUUGAAAGAUCUGUAAUACAUGAGCGAUUGGUUGCUUUCUAUUUGAACUCAGCCCGUCUUCUCAGUUCUCCGAGUCCAGGAACUACACCGACAACGAAGAAUCUAUUCGCAGCUCUGUAUGGAACGAUUCCGAAAUACGUUGAUAUUCGUACGUUUCGCAAAUACUUGGUCAAGUUUGAAUAUGUUUGGUUAAGGAUAGCCAAAGGAUACAUUGUCAUGGAAAGACCUAGCGUCACCUCUGAAAGAUACUAUUACCUGAAAAAUAUAAUGCGAUAUCGUGAAGAGAACAGAGAGAUUUUCUACGUCGAUGAAAUAGUAUUGACCACCAGUUGUAAUCUCUAUCAAUUUAAAAAAUACAACAGUCUGCUGAAAACAGCCGCAAAAGCAAAUAUAGACUUAUCACAAAGCGUUUUAUUAAAACACAUAUACGCUGUCUCGAAAACUGGAGUCUAUGCUAUGAAGACUCUUGAUGAUUUCACCUCAUCUAACUUUGCCAGUUGGAUAACAGAUGAUUUACUACCACUGUUGCCCGAGAAAAGUGUUGUUGUAAUACAAAAAUACGAUCACCAUGAUGACGUUAUCAAGAAACCUACGUUAUACAGUGUAAAAGAAGACAUGAUAGAGUGGCUUGAACGGAAUAACGUACCGUUUGUAGAAGAUAUGUCGAAAUGUGAACUGAUGUCUCUGAUAGACACCUACACUUCUGAGAUUGACGAAUUCAGUGUAAUUGAAAACUCACUUAAGCUAAAAGGUCAUCAGUUGCUCCGUCUGCCUGUCUGUAUUGAAGACAUGACUCCGGCCAAACAUCUCUUCGAGUUAUUAAAACUGAAUGCCCACAAAGUACGAGUAAAUAUCAAUUUAAUAAUCGAAAGUGUCCCCCAGCCUACGUUAGAGGAGUAUGACAAUAAUAUAGUAGAUGUAGAGAGAAAUACAAUGCAUACAGAUAUGAAGAUGGACGACGUCUUAGAUAGUGUUGUAAAAGGCUUUCAGAACUUACGAUUUAAAGAUGAAGAUUCCGAAGUGCCGCUCAGUGAUAGUGAUUGAAAAAUACAAAAAAACUCCUUUAAUUAUAGGCUUAUAUGCAUGCCUAUGUGUUUUUUUUUCGAAGUCGAACGGUUAUUUUGUUUGUAAUCCAUACUGAUUAAAUAAUUUUCUUAUUAUUUCAUGUCAAAGUUUUCGUGGUAAUCUUGUAUGAUACCUAAUUGUUUUAAACAGAAAUACAUUAG